AUGGCCAAAGUCGAGCAAAAUGCCUGUCUCAUCGUCAUUGACGGUUGGGGCAUUGCAUCGGCCGAGUCUCCCAAGAAUGGCGACGCCAUCGCCGCCGCCGACACUCCCGUGAUGGACGCCUUCCGGGCCAGCUCCACCGGCUACACCGAGCUCGAGGCCUCCUCGUUGGCAGUCGGCCUGCCCGAGGGCCUGAUGGGCAACUCCGAGGUUGGCCACCUGAACAUUGGCGCCGGCCGCGUCGUCUGGCAGGAUGUCGUCCGCAUCGACCUGUCCAUCAAGCAGAACACGUUUGCCGACAACGCUAUGAUCCACAAGACCCUGGAGGCAGCCAAGAACGGCAACGGCCGUCUGCACCUGUGCGGCCUGGUAUCGCACGGAGGAGUGCACUCCAAGCAGGAACACCUGUACGCGAUCCUGCGUGCCGCCAAGGCCGCAGGCGUGCCCGAGGUCUACAUCCACUUCUUCGGUGACGGCCGCGACACGGACCCCAAGUCCGGUGCUGGCUACCUUAAGGAACUGCUGGAGACGGCCAAGGAGAUCGGUACGGGCGAGCUGGCCACGAUCGUCGGCCGCUACUACGCCAUGGACCGCGAUAAGCGCUGGGAGCGCAACGAGCUCGCGCUCAAGGGCCUGAUCCUGGGCGAGGGCGAGGCCAGCACCGAUCCCGUGGCCACGAUCGAGGAACGCUACGCCAAGGGCGAGAACGACGAGUUUCUCAAGCCGAUCAUCGUCGGUGGAGCCGAGCGCCGCAUCAAGGACAAGGACGUGGUCUUUUUCUUCAACUACCGGUCCGACCGCGUGCGCCAGAUCACGCAGCUGCUAGGCGAUGUCGACCGCUCGCCGCUGGCCGACUUCCCCUUCCCCAAGGAUAUCACGCUCGUGACGAUGACGCAGUACAAGGCCGACUACCCCUUCGAGAUCGCCUUUGCGCCGCAGCACAUGGGCAACGUCCUGGCCGAGUGGCUCGGCAAGGAGGGCGUCAAGCAAGUGCACAUUGCGGAGACGGAAAAAUAUGCGCACGUGACCUUCUUCUUCAACGGCGGCGUCGAGAAGGUGUUCCCACUCGAGACGCGCGACGAGACCCAGGAUCUGGUGCCGUCCAACAAGGCGGUGGCCACGUACGACAAGGCGCCCGAGAUGUCGGCAGCCGGCGUGGCCAAGCAGGUGGCCAAGCGCCUGGCCGAGCACGAGUUCCCCUUUGUGAUGAACAACUUUGCGCCGCCCGACAUGGUUGGCCACACGGGCGUCUACGAGGCCGCCAUCGUCGGUGUUGCCACCACUGACAAGGCCAUCGGCGAGAUCUACGAGGCCUGCAAGCGCGAGAACUACGUGCUCUUCAUCACGGCCGACCACGGCAACGCCGAGGAGAUGAAGUUCCCCGACGGCAAGCCCAAGACAUCGCACACCACCAACAAGGUGCCCUUUGUCAUGGCCAACGCGCCAGCGGGCUGGAGCCUGCGUACCGACGUCGAGGGCGUGCUGGGCGACGUGGCCCCGACGGUGCUGGCAGCCAUGGGGCUGUCGCAGCCCGAAGAGAUGACGGGCAAGAGCCUGCUGGUGAAGGCGUGA